AUACGAUGGGAAAGCGAGUGAAAGUGCAGCCGUGCAGCGGCAACCAGCCCAGCCGCAUGCAUAGUACGUGGGGUAGCGCCUGGCAACGUUCCUUUAGUAAAGAAGGCAUUGGUUAGGGUUGCUUUCAAGCCACCCUAGUUUGGUCGGCUGUGUUGUCGUGUAGGUGGGGGGGUAUUUUAAACGCGCUCCUCCUCGACAAACAUUUUCCAGCAUGAAUGCAUCAGGCGCGAUACCUGGAAGGAGUUUCUUUUUGGCAAGCCAUUUGUCCUUUGUUGACUGAUGGGAAAGGUGAAGCUGAAGGCCACCAAGGGUAACUCGGAUGACAAGAGGCCUCUUGAUUUGAAGAAAGGAGAUUCCAAACCCUUGGUUGCUGGUGGCCAGCCAGAGGUGCAAGGUAGUGCAACUGGGUUAGGACCAGCCUUGUCUACUGCGGUGGCAGGGAUGGCAAAGACAAAGAAACAGAAAAGGAAGAUGCGUCAUGAGGCCUUCAUCAGAACAGUGGACCUUUCUUGGGCCGGCCUGGCCUCAUCUGCUGUUAGCUCCGCGACAUGGCGCUGCUGUCAUUUGUUCAAGAUGGCGGUUGUGCUUCACACGUCCACAACAUUGGACAUGUGCAAGAACCAGGACCAGGUGGACUGGAAGCUUGUCCAGUCUCAACAUAUUCGCCAGCUUGAGGCUGGCAAGAUCGUAAAACGCAAGCGCUGGAAGAAAGCAUGUGUGCCCAGGGCUCUGGACCUAAAGAACCUGGUGGAUGCCCUGCCCACCAUGGUGGAGAGGACAGCUGUUAAGCUAGGUGCGCCUUGGUUGGGCAGCAAGGCUGGUGCCUUUUUGCGCUCUUCACCUGUUCUGCUGGGCAGCCGGGGUGCUGGCGACAGUGGCCUUUUGCUCAACCGCAGCCACCACUCCUCCUACAGCGGUACUGCCACCUGCAGCCAGCUGCUGCAUGGCCAAAGCGGUGAUGGUGAUGCAGCAGCAGGUCACUCGCGAUGGGACCAGCAUGGAGACUGCAGGGUCCAUCGCCAGGACUAUGCUGAGAGGCGCAGGCAGGUCCCCAUGGGUAUCGUGCCACCGAGUGCCAGCAACAGCGGACAAAAGCGAGGACGCGACGAAAGCCUCGGGCAUCCAAGAGCUUCCAAGCAAGCAAGAAGUUGCUGGAGAAGGACAUGAAGCACUUGGAGCGAGUUGUGAACCACCCACAGUUCCAAGUGAAUCCCAUCGAUGUGGUUUUGGAGCACUUGCGACAGGCAUACAAGUCCUGAAGCUCUUCUGACUAAUGUGGCGUACCAUACACACAUUUUUCUCAUUCAGGGCUAUUGUGCAUUGUGGACAUUUUAUUUACCCAGCCACUAGAUGGAUUUUUAAUAAAGUUGCUGACACCUGUGGCUAUUAGAGUGAAAA